GGACCGCGUAGGGCGGGACUUUAAGUCGCCGCUGCUACAGGGAUACCAAGAUGGAAAUCCAGGGGCUUUCUAAUGCCCAAAACACUCACUACCAACAUGGCGUCCCGCCUGAGAGUGGUAUGUCGUCGUCGGGAACGACAACGGGGAAUAUUUCUAGACAGACUUCACACGAAAACGAUAACAGCUUUGGAUCGCAAAGCGACAACAACAACAACAAUAACCGGCCCUCGUCUGCUCCGCUUCGUCUGCUGGCACAAAAUGGCAGCGGCGCUCGACUCUGUGUACAACAGAAACAGGGCGAAAGCAGCAGUACGCUACCAGAGGAUGUCCAGGUGGCUCAUAUUGAGCUCUGUAACCUGAACGUGAUGAAGGAGAAAGAGUACGGUGAUUUAGAUCUGCCGCCUGACUUCGUGAGGGCCGAGCUGAAGUACGGAGAGGAGAAUGAGGACGGGGUGCUGCAAAUGGCGCUGCCGCUUUUCGACGGGGAGGAAGACGGAUAUACUGCGCAGUGUGAGCAGCGAAAACAGCACCGGGAGCCGGGGAUGAGAGGAGACGCGUGUCCAUCUGCAAGCGACGGUACGACCCGGUCAUCCGAGGCCAAAAACCCUAAGGAGUUUUACGUUGUUUUCAACAAAGUGCAUGAAGACGAAGAGAAGUGCUCCAAAUCCAGUUACGGCCCAUCAGAGGUGCAGCACACCCCAGUUUACCCACAAUCACAAGACAGCAAUUUGACAAUCAAACCUAAACCACCUUCCACAUGCAGUGUUGAUAGUUUGUCAACCAGUUCCAAGCUAGGAAAUGAAACGGGCGGAAAGCAGGAAGCUGAGAAGCGCACCAUGGCGCUGAGAGAGGACAGUGUUAAGAGAUCUGAUGAGAGACUGUCCGGUGUGAUGAGCUGUGGUGAUUUAGUAUCGGUGGACCAGGCUUCAGGACACUUAACGGGGUGUGAAACUAAACAAGAUACCACUGAUAUGCUGGCGGACAAUAACAGCCCGGCUUUGAUGGCGGACUACGUGAAUUUGUCAGGCAGCGGUAACGGAGACUCCGCCAUUGACGGGCCGCCCGAGACUUUCUCCGGUACCAUCAUGAUCAACAACCAGAGCAUUAUCGUGACUAUUGAGAACGGGGUUUUAACUCUGGCUGCCCCACCGGAGGGCUACACAUACAAGGAGGAUGCAGUGGUGAGUCUCAAAGAGCAUUUGGGCAUGAAGGAGCACGAAGACAUCGUCCUCCUGAAUUACGAAGGUGGCACGAAAUCUCUGGGGAAGAUGGCCGAGGACGAGGGCGGCGCUGUGAGCGACUCGGAGGAACUGACGCUGACCGAUGACUGCUCACUAUCUGAACUAGGCGCUCUGGACAACUGUCCGUCCGUUAAACGCGAAGAAGGGACACUGUGCGACUCGGACUCCACAGCUCAGAACCCCAGAGGUCCUACUGAAGAUGAUCUGCAGCCCUCAAACCUCGUCUCCCAAGCCGUCUUAGCUAAGAAAGGUGUUGCGGUGUCGUACCGGUGUCCGCAGCCUGGCUGCUCAGACGCUUUCGAAAGCCGCCAGAAGCUCAAGAUGCACUUGGUGAUUCACGCUGAAGACCAGAGGCCCUUCAAAUGCACAGUGGAUGGCUGCGACUGGUCUUUCACCACCUCAUACAAGCUGAAGCGCCACUUGCAGUCGCACGACAAAGUGCGACCAUACGAGUGCGAGCAUGAAAACUGCGGCCGCCGCUUCACCACCAUUUAUAACCUGAAGGCUCACGCGCGAGCGCACGAGCAAGAGGACGCGUUUGCGUGCGAACUGUGCGGUGAAAGGUUCCGCAGUGCCACGCGCCUCGCCAACCAUCAGAGGACGCACUUUGAGCCCGAACGGCCGCACAAGUGCGAGUUCCCAGGAUGUGAGAAGGCCUUCAUCACCUUCAGUGCCCUGUUCUCCCACAACAGAACACACUUCAGAGAGACAAGCCAGUUCACCUGUACAUACCCAGGCUGUGACAAGCGCUAUGACAAGGCCUGCCGCCUUAAGAUCCAUCUUCGUAGUCACACAGGUGAGAGGCCUUUUGUCUGUGACUCAGAAUCUUGUGGAUGGACUUUCACUAGCAUGUCUAAGCUGCUGCGCCAUAAAAGAAAGCAUGAUGAUGAUCGACGGUUCACCUGUACAGAAGAAGGCUGUGGGAAGUCCUUUACUCGUGCAGAGCAUCUGAAAGGCCACAGUAUCACCCACCUGGGCACUAAGCCAUUCGAAUGCCCAGUAGAAGGAUGUAAUGCCAAGUUCUCAGCACGGAGUAGCCUGUACAUCCACUCUAAGAAACACCGACAGGAUGGGGUGUGUCUGAGGAGCAGGUGCCCUGUAGCAGGAUGCACCAAGCACUUCUCAUCUCGCAGCAGCCUCAAGAGCCAUAUGCUUAAACACCACAACCUCAGCCCAGAUGUGUUGAGUCAACUGGAAAACACGGCCACUCUGACGCCCAGCUGCGAGCUCACCAGUGCUGCUCAGAGCGCCACCACUCCUGGCUCUGUGGGAACGGAGCUCAGCAGCCUGGAUCUCUCCUCCCUUUUCUCAAAUGUUCCUUCAGGAGCCUCCACUGUACCUACAGGUCCUACCCCUCAGUCAGGCCCUGCUUCCUUCACCAUGGACUUGGCAUUAGCAAGCAGUGGGAUUCUUACCAUUGAUCCAGCCUCAGUGGGCUCGGCUUUGGGAGGAGCCAAACCAGUGGACCCUCUGAUCUUGGCUGCAAGUGGGGACAUGGGGGUACAUGUCCUGGAUGCCGGGGGAGGGGGUGGGGUCUUACAGCAAGCCGCACUGCAGUUGGAGGAUGUACAGACGGUGAACCCUGAGGCACUCGGAGCGUUAACGGCCUUGGCUAUUCAGACCACCUCAACUGCAGAGCAGCUCCAAGCUCUGAGCUCCUCUAGUGCUUUAACAGUAGAUUCACCUUCCUCCUCUCUGACCCCAUCCCUUACUCCCUCCCUCUCUUCCUCUCUCACAUCGUCACUGUCGUCAUCUCUUGCUCCAACUCUCACCUCCUCCCUUGUUCCCCCUCUGGCUUCUUCCACAGUACCAGAGCUGCUUUCUCCCCAGGUAAAGGCUGAUAUGGGGGGCAGUGAAGCUGCUGUGGGGCCGUUACUAAGUGGAGUGGAAGUCCUGAGCCAGUCAGAGAGCAAUAAGGCUCUAAGUCAGUUUGUUUUCCCUAGCCAUAACACAUCCUACAGUGGGCAGAAAGAGACAGAGCUACCUUCAGCUGCUCCUUGUGCUUUUAUUGAGAGCAGUGGUUCCGCCCGUACAGACUACAGGGCCAUCCAGCUCGCAAAGCGGAAGAAGCAGAAAGGCCCUGUUGCAAGUCCAUCUUCUGCAGGGGUAACUCAGCGAAAGACAAAGGGGGUGAAGAAUUCCAGUACUUCUGGGACACUGGCUUCAGGCAGUGGUCGAUUUGGAGAAGGAACUGCAUCAACAACCACGGCAGGUCUCACUAUCCGAGACCCAGUGACUGGAGUACAGUAUGUACAGAUUCAGCUAUUGCAGGAUGACCCUGCCACAGAUGGAGAUUUGGCUUUCCAGCUCAGUUCACAGACCUCCAGUUCUCAUUCCCAGCUAACAGUUGACCUACCUGUCAACAUCUUGCAGGAGCCUUCUGCCAUGGCUGAGGAUGAUAAUGGCUCUGAUAACUCUCAGUUCACUGGCAGUACCAUUAACCUACAGGACCUGGAAUAAAAGACUCACCUGAGAGACAGGAGCUCCUUGCAGAUGUACAGACCAUUUUUUUUCUCUUUCUUACCUUCACAGAGGACAUCUGUUUUCAAUGUGUCUGCUGUCAGGGCAUUUGUGUGUCUACACUACGUGUUUUCUAGGAGAUCUUUCUGAACAUACUAGUGCAGCAAUUUUUAUUUAAAAUAGCAUAUUUAGACUGCCUAAUUCCACAUUUCCAGGAUAAAAUGUAUUUGACCAGAAGUAAAGUUCUUUUAUGUGUUAACUUUCCAUUGUAGAGAACAUGAGCUGUUACUGAUAAGAGUACUUAUAAGCCAAUUAUAUUGUCAUUAAAGUGUUAAUGAACAGCAAUGAUUUGCGCAUAAACCUUAAUAUAUACUAUUUCAAUUUUAAGAAAAUACUUUGUAUUGGGGACCAUCAGCUCAUGAGAGCUGCUUGAUAAAUCUGGUAUAUUUUGUUAAGCCUAUAUUAAAGCAGGGCUAUGAAUUAAUUAGGUUGUGAAACAGCACAAUAUAGUAUAAUGGUAAGAUUAAUUAUUAUUUAUGUAGCAGCAUACCCAUCAAAAUGACUACAUUGUCCUGAGUUUCUGUUCAAGUCCUGAACAGCUUUUACAAUCAUAAAAGGUUUUUGUUUGCUUAUUUUUGUAUGGUUUUGUAUAAACAUGAAGAUGUACUUAUUCAUUUGUGUGUAUGAGAUAAUUGAUUAAAUGUUGCUCUACUUAAAAAAAAAUCU